GAAAUAAAUCAACACGUUAUAAAAUUUAUAUUCUAAUAAGGGCAUGGGCUGGGUAAAGCAAUGGUUGGCGGGUCUGGCGGCCUGCUUUAGCGGGUUUGUUUUGGGGGCAUCCAUUGGAUGGUCGGGACCGAUGGAGAAACCGAUUCUUAGCGGUGAAGCAUACAGUUUUUCGCCGAGCAUCGAUGAUUGGAGUUGGGUCUGCGCGAUGUUUACACUAGGUGCCGCCUGCAUGUGCAUACCCACGGGCUUACUGGUUCGCGCAUUUGGCAGGAAGCUGAUCAUGCUGAUCAUGUUGAUUCCAGGUCUACUUGGCUGGGCUCUGAUCAUUGCGGCACGGCAUACAGCCAUGCUGUACACCGGACGCUUCACACUUGGCGCAUGCGCCGGUGCCUAUUGCGUGGUGUCGCCCAUGUACACCACGGAGAUUGCCGAAGUGAAAGUGCGCGGAAUUAUGGGCUGUUUCUUUCAGCUGAUGCUCGUGCAUGGCAUUCUGUUUUCAUUCAUUAUUGGCGCUUUUCUGAAACCGCUGCUUGUCAACAUUGUGAUCGGUGCACAGCCCAUUAUAUGGUUUAUAUUCAUCAUUUGGUUGCCCGAAUCGCCGGUGUAUCUGGUGCAGAAGGGCAAGCCCGAACGAGCAAUGAGUGGUUUGAAAACCCUCCGUAAAACCGAUGCAGACAUAAGCAGCGAAAUGGCCGCGUUCGAGGCGGAAAACAAAAAGGAGAAGGUCAUGGUCAAGGACGCAAUGGUACGUAAGAGCACCCUACGAGGACUGAUCAUAGCAGCGCUGCUGAUGAUGCUCCAACAAUUCACGGGCAUCAAUGGCAUUGUAUUUUAUGUGACGGGCAUAUUUGAAAAAGCCGGCACCGGCCUGUCCCCGUCCACUUGCACCAUUAUAACGGGCUGUGUGCAACUUAUUAUGACAUUUGUUGCCACUUUAAUUAUUGAUCGAGUGGGACGCAAAGUGUUGCUGCUUAUCUCUGCAUUCCUGAUGCUAAUUGCCAACCUAACAAUGGGCUUCUAUUUCAAAUAUUUAACAGAUAAAAAUAUUGGCUGGCUGUCGAUAAUGGCGAUUGGUUUAUUCUUCGUUGGAUUUGCUGUGGGCUUCGGGCCCAUCUGCUGGCUAGUUAUGGCCGAGCUCUUUGCGGAGGAUGUGAAACCCAUUUGUGCGUCCAUUGUCGGCACCAGUGGCUGGGUAUUUGCAUUUGUUGUGGCAAAGCUGUUUCCCAUAUUGGUGAAAGAGUUCGGCUCGGCAGUAGCAUUUUGGGUAUUUGCUUUCUUCUCCAUAGUGGCAUGUAUAUUCGUUAUAUUUUUUGUGCCAGAGACGAAGGGCAAGACUUUGGACGAAAUUCAAGGAAUGCUGUCUUAA